GGCGUCGCUAGUGUCGAAUUGUCAAUUUUCUCGUCUCUGCAGUGUUGUGUUUUUCUCUGUGAAUUUCUCUGUUUUUGUGGUCAGGAGAUUCGCCCAAGAACCCCCAGAGAAGCCCCAAAAGGAAAAAGGAAAGAUGGGUGAUAAGAAUGGAACGGCUCCGCCACCUUAUGGCUUUGUACCACCCCCGAGUGCUCCACCUAGCUAUGCCCAGGCGGUCGGUGGGGUACCUCCGGUGAGUCCAUUCACGCCACAGACAAACACGACGGUACCAACGGCAAUUGUGACCACAGUGGUCCCCAUUGGACCCCACACCACUCACAUGAUCUGCCCCAGCUGCCAUGCCGAAAUUAACACGCAGACCCGCACUGAGCCAGGACCCAUUGCCUACCUCAGUGGGCUCGUUAUUGCACUCCUCGGAUGCUGGCUAGGCUGCUGCCUAAUUCCGUGCUGCAUUGAUGAAUGUAUGGAUGUACAUCACACAUGUCCCAAUUGCAAAGCAUAUUUGGGGCGCCAUCGUCGAUAAAGAAUUUUCUUGUGCUCUCUCAUUUUGGGAGCAGAUCCCAGUUUAACAAGAUGAAAAAAAAAAUCUCACAGCGUUCGAAGUUUUCCGCAUAAUGAAAAAAAAUGUUUAAGAAGUAAAACUUCAUGCAAAAUGUCCUAAAGGACAGCGAAAUUAUUUCAAUAGUUGUCUCUUUACUAAUCACAUCUAAUGCCAAAUGGAUUCUAACUUUUACCUAUCAUACAUAAAUACAAGAACAAUGCCUUUUUGUGUUUCCUUUCUAUAGUACUUCCCCAUAAUUACUUUUUUUUAUCAAGAAAGUAUUUAACAAAAUGAUUUUCUCAAGAAAAAAAAUUGAGAAAAAAAAGAUUUAUUAUUUUUUUAUUAAAACAGCAUCAAAUGGAAGAGAACCAACAGAGAAAUGAGCCAAAGCAUUCCUUCCUCGUUGAAAUUAGGAUGAAAGAAAGAAAAAAAAAAUUACAAAUUGUAUUUUGAUGCAUUUUUUGGCUUAUUUUCAAAAACACAAAAUUGACAAAAAAAAUUAGGUUUGAAUUAAAAAUCUCGCGUCUUAAAAUGAAAUGAAAAAUCUCAACACAUAAUUUUACUGUUGUCAUUUAUAUUUAAUGUAUAAUAUAACAUGGAAAGAGUGUAAAAUGAA